AUGGGGUUACCAAUAUCUUGUAAGAUAAAAAGGAAGAGCUGCUAUGGAUACGAGCAAUACUGUCCGGAUGAGUGUGCGUAUGGGUGCGUGAUGGACUGCAAAAGUUGCAAGGCUGUUUGCCCGUGCAAUAAGCCCGGAGGCGUGUGCCAGAAUCCUCGAUUCAUUGGCGGAGAUGGCAUCAUGUUCUAUUUCCACGGUAAGCAAGACCAGAACUUCUGUUUGGUGUCGGACUCAGAGCUCCAUAUCAAUGCUCACUUCAUCGGCAAGAGAGGCGAAGGAAUGGGAAGAGACUUCACGUGGGUGCAGUCCAUUGGAGUGCCGGUCGGCGGUAACCACCAGCUCUUCCUAGGAGCCAACAAGGUGUCGUCCUCGGACGAUUCCCUUGACCAACUCGCCAUUGCCUUGGACAGAAAAUUCAUCCAACUUUCUAACCAGGAGGGAGCCACUGCCACUCUUCCUCUGUCUUCUUCCAAUCUGAAAAUCUUUCGAUCUGACAAAACUAAUGCGGUGACGGUUGAGGUGGAGAACAAGUUUAUGAUUACAGCCCGCGUUGUGCCCAUCACUCCCGGGGAGUCUGGAAUCCACAACAACGGAAUCACCUCCGAGUCGGAGCACUGCUUUGCCCAUCUGGAGAUAAGAUUCAAGUUCUACUCUCUCAGCCCCCGUGUCACCGGCGUGCUUGGGCAAACAUACGGAGCAGAGUACAGGAGCCCCAUUAUCCUGGGCGCCGCCAUGCCCGUGGUGGGAGGUGAGGCCGAUUAUGUGACCACCAAUCUGUUUGCCAGUGACUGCAAAGUUGCCCGAUUCGGCUCACCCAACAACGACAACCACAUCAACACCAAUAAUUUCUCCGUCGGUGACUUCAACUGUGCAGGGAGACCCGGUGGCCGCGGCAUGAUCACAGGAGUAGAAAUUAUGCAUGAGAUGCAUGGAAUUUCUAGAGAUCAGAACUGGAAGAUGAAGAGGGAGUUAAAAACAGGAACUCCUUGGUUAGCUUAA